AUGUACGAUGAAGAGGAGGCCGUUCCCCUUCUCACUCUUGUUUCUUCUUCACCACCGCCAUCAAAUUCUCUCUACACCGUCACGAAGGCACGAAACACAAACACCAUGGGCUUCUCAGUCAACCCCCCCACCACUUACGAGAUCGAAGAGAAAAUAAGCACAACGCCCAAUUCACCAGUCACCUCACCGGCACCGGCACCGGCAAAUCCUACCGCUUCAUCCACGUCAACCUGGACUGAUAUCACCAACCUGUUCAAGCCUUCCCCUCCAGACUGGACUACUCCGGCCACUGGUGUACGCAGCGAAGAAGUGCAGUCUCGCAUGGACGAAGCAGGCCAAGCGGCGGCGCACGCCAUCACUGUCGUCAUCUGUGUCAGUUACGCAGCCCCGCUCUUCCAGACCUUCAUCGACAACCACUCAAUCGUCGCCAAGGACAUGACCGCGAGAAGUUGA